AAAGAAGAAAAUUCAUUUUCUAUCAGUUUUGAUAAAGAAAUUGUGCUGAUAAUAUCACAUACAGAAGUGAUGAUUUUAAGUUUGAAACUUUUCCUGAUAUUAACUUCAGUUGCAAUCACUCCAAUAAAAUGCGCAACUUGUCGUUUCAAAUUGUAUGAUUCGCAAUACUGUUGUGAAAUCUUUGAUGCAAAUGUCACUGAAAAAAAUCAACCUUUUGAUAUUAUUGGAGAACAUCUUCCUGGAUAUUCCAACACAGACGUCAAGCGGUUAAACGUCGCUGGUUCUGGAAUAUUAAAUUUCAUACCGAAAGCCAUUUUUGAAACUUUCAUAAAUUUGGAAGUUUUGAGUAUUUGGGGAGUUCAAUUAAAAGAGAUACACCAAGAAACAUUUCAAGAUUGCAAACUUUCAUCCUUGCAUUUGGAUCGUAAUAAUAUCAAGAAAAUUCCUUCAAAGGCUUUUAGUGGUUGUCCGUUACUAACUGUUUUGAGUUUGUAUGGAAAUACAAUUGAAACUGUUGAAGAUUAUGCCAUAAGUGAACUCGGAUUGCUGAAACAUUUAAUACUUUCAAAUAAUGAAUUGAAAACCUUACCUGAGAACGCAUUUGCGAAUUUAUCAGAGUUACAAAAUCUUGAUCUCGAUAACAACAAAAUUGAUCAUCUUCCCGAGAACAUUUUUUCAACAUUGGGAUCUCUUGAAACUUUAAACUUGGAUAGAAAUUCACUUGUCUCAAUUCCACCGAAAUUACUUUCUGGAUGUAAUUCAUUGAAAAUGUUCCAUGCGAGUUCAAAUAGUAUCAGCAGCAUUCAUCCAAAUACUUUCAAUCGACAUUUGAUAGAGUUGAUAGAUCUCUCACAAAAUAAUCUCAAGGAAAUAGCUCCAGGAACCUUUCAAAUGUUAAAUCAUAUUAAGAAAAUACGAUUAAAUUCUAAUCAUAUCUCGUCAUUACCUAACGAAAGUUUUUCCGGGUGCAUUUCUCAAAAUCUUGAAACAAUAGAAAGUGUAAACAUUUCUAGUAAUGAAUUAACUUGUGAAGGACUUGAAGCUCUGAAUCUUUAUGAUAAUGAACUGGAAAUUAUUCAUUCAAACUUUUUUGUCAACAUGACUCGUUUAAUGGCUUUGAAUUUAUCAUCGAACAAAAUAUCAGCAAUUAAUCGAGACAUGUUCAAAUUCUUACCCAAGAUAGAAUUUUUAUUUUUAUCUAACAAUACAUGCACUUCAAAAAAAUUUACAAAUAUAAAAGAAAGUAAAAUUCCCAAAAUUGAAAAGUCACUCGAGAAAUGUUUCAACAAUUAUGAUGAACUUUAAGCGAGUGAUCCAAUUCCAACCAAUGAAAUGUUAAACGAUAGCACAACCAUAAGUUAUCAAGAAGUUUAGAAGAUCAUAAAUAUUUAACUGUUCUGACAUCUCUUCACAUAUAUUAAUCUGAAAUAAAUAUCCAAAGCAAGCAAAUAUUUUAUUUUUAAUU